AUGAUCUAUUCUAGCACAAUGUCGGCAACGCCUUUAAUAAUUUCCUUGGGACUUCUUGUUGGCGUUACAGCAGCUUUAGAUUGUACACAGAUUCCAAAUAAUGCUAUUAUCCCACUUUCAUACACCACAAUUCCAGCAGGAGCAACUGGAUUAGUGGAGAUUCCACCAAACUUUAAUUGUGUCUAUAAUGUAAAAGUACCAAAGAUGGUUUAUGCCCGUGUUAGAUUGGAGAAUGGUUUGAAAGGAUACAAUGAUUUGAUUACUGUACAAGAUCAACAGGGAACAUACACUCGUGUUUCAAGUCGUUCUCCAUCAGUUCUUAAUUUCUACGUCUUCCCAAAUACAACGACGACAUUCCAAGUUGUCACUAAAAGUGUGGACAUGCAUUCAUCAUUCAGAAUGAUUGUUUUCUACCAACCCAUGUACACUGAAACUGUCACUCAUCUUGGAAAUCCGGAUAUGAAAUAUUUUAUGCUGAAUGACUUGCAGGAGAACUCUUACAAAACACCACAAACAAUAAUUUCAAAUGAAAAAAUAUCCGUUUCAAUGGCUAGUUCUGGGUGGGAUGCAGAUAUUUUUGAGAAUUAUUUCAUUAUUAAAGGGGACUUAAACAACACGAAAUCUGUAUCCCGUUUAUCAAGAUUUGUAGGUCAGGGAUACAUCAGCACCGGAAGCAGUUUGACUGUUGUUGGAUUAGAUAAUAGAGUAUCUGAGAGUUCUGUUACUUUUGUUCCAUUUUCACAAGCUCAACAAUAUGAUUCAUAUACUACAUUCAGUACUUACUUUGAAGCGAAUCAAUUGAAAAUCGAUGCAACUGUUGGAAAUAAAAAGAAGAAAGCAGUUACUGUCAUUUCUAUGAAGAAUAUUGUCACUGUCUUGGAUGUACAGAGGACCAAUAGUCCGAAUUGUGUUCUGAAAGCAGUGCAAUCUCCUCCAACUCCCUCAUCUGAAAUAUAUCUUGAUUUCACAACUGUCACGGACUUUCCAAGAAACAUCACCCACAAAUCAUUCUGCAUUAUCGCUGAAAACUGUGGAGCGACUUUCAAUCUAGUGUCCCCAUUUCCAUUAAGAUAAUUACAAUAAAUUCUAUAUAAUUUCG